UAUGGUGACCGUAAUGUCGAAUUCAACGAUUAUGUUUAUUUUCGUAGUGCUGGAAAUUCCACACGUUCUUGCUCACAUCAGCAAGAAGCGGGAGCUGCAUUCGACGUUUCUGGAUAUUUUGUCACUUGCAAAAAAGCUGCUGACAAAACGCUGGGAUAUCUGUUGCCUGAGGGCAAUAUUCCGGAAUAUUUCAUCGCAGAUGACU